AUGGCCCAGAACAACACCACGCAGGAGCUCCAUGGCGUCAUGGUUGCUCUCAUCACCCCGUUCACCGACGAUAAGACUCAGAUCGACAAGAAGCGCCUCAAAGACCACAUCGACCACAUGAUUGCUUCUGGAAUCCACGGCCUAGUGCCCGGUGGCAGCACCGGAGAAUUCACCACUAUGACUCGAGACGAGCGAAAGCAGCUCACCGAACUAUGUGUGGAAUACGCUGCCGGACGGGCUACCGUCGUGGCAGGCAUUGGAAGCACUUCCACCGAGGAGGCAGUCGACUUGGCUCGCCAUGCUGCGCAAGUUGGCGCCACGGCUCUGAUGGUUGUUCCGCCGUUCUACGACCCCCUGAACGUCGAGCAACUGACCGAGCUGAUGGAUGAAAUCCACACCGUUAGCAAGCUGCCAAUCGUCUACUACAACAUUCCUUCUGCUAGCGGGUUGACCCUGACGCCGCAGCAAAUCGCAGACCUGUCCAGCGUCGGCGUAAAGUAUCUCAAGGACACCUCUGGCAAUGCCCCGGCCUUCACAGAGUUGGUGUUCGGUCUCUCGGAAAAGAUCACCGCAUUUAAUGGCUGGGAUACCCUUACAUUCUACGGCCUGGCUGCCGGAUCGCCGGGUGCGAUCUGGGGUGCGGCCAAUAUCAUCCCUGAGCUUGCCAUCGAGUUGUGGAACGCCAUCUCGGUUCAGAAGGACAUCGAAAAGGGACGUCAGCUUUGGGCCAAAGCAUGGCCCAUUUGCAAAUUCCUCGAAUCGCACAACUAUGCUUCGGCUGUGAAAACGGGGGUGGAACUCAGAGGUCAGUCCACGGGAGGCCUACGGAAGCCUUUUGCCUUGUUGAAGGGCGAGCCUUUGACGGAGCUGUCGCAAUUGUUGAAGGACGCGGGUGUGAAGGUUGUUUAG